CGCGCUCUUAUUUUUUGGGACUAUAUAAAUUUUUCAUCAGUUACUAACUAGCUAAAAAAAUAAUUCCCUAUAUAUUCUAACCUAACUGUCAUCGGCAUCGCCUGUAUUUCCAUUUUUGGUGUUUCCAAUUAGAAAAAUCAUAUUUUCAAGAUGUCUAAAGUAGAUAUGGAAUUAAAAAAGGCUUUUACGGAAUUGCAAGAAAAACAAUUAGAAACAACACAGAAGUUACGGUUAGCCGACAUGCAAAUUGAAAAUUUGAAGAGAAGUAAGCAACAUGCUACUAUCACAGAGAGAGAAAUUAAUGCACUGGAUGAAGGUACAAAAACUUAUGAAUCCGUAGGCCGUAUGUUUCUGCUAACUCCUGUGGAGAACGUUAAAGAGAACUUGAAGGCCAAACAGAACACUGCAGAAGAAAAAAUCAAAGUACUAGAGAACAGUAAGACGUACCUUGAAAAUUCUUUAAAGGAGGCCGCUGAUAGUUUAAGAGAAUUGGUUCAAACCAAGAAGGAAUCUUAAAACACUUUUGAUUGUUUUUUAUAUUUAUUUAUUCAAGUAUCAUAUAAACUUUUGUAUUAACAGUUUUGUCGAUAUUAGCUAUCUUUAAAUAAACUAUCCUGAAAUUCAAA